AAGGCUCAUGACCAAUUGAGGCUCGCCGACGUAACACCGACACAUGUUUUGCAAUAUAAGCGGUGAAGUGCCGCGAGAGCCCGUGAUUUCGAAGACCUCGGGGCACGUUUUUGAAAGACGAUUAAUCGAGAAGUCCUUGGAGGCGUCGAAAGGUGUCUGCCCUGUCACGGGCAACGAACUGAGUGUGUCAGACUUGCUUCCGGUUGAGGCGAAUCUUGCGGUACGCCCGCGGCCGUUGACAGCAACGUCGCUCCCGGGGAUGCUAGCGAUGUUUCAAAAUGAAUGGGAUGAUGUGAUGCUGGAAACCCACGUUAUCAAACAACAGCUUCACGCAACCCGCAAAGAACUCUCGCAUGCACUUUACCAACACGAUGCAGCGUGUCGUGUGAUUGCGCGUCUUGUGAACGAGCGGGAUGAAGCGCAGAGGCUCGUGGCCGAAUUGCAGCGCAGUCUCGCGGGCAAGCUAACGUCAGAAAUAUCAAGUAACAGACCGAAUAUUAGCAAGGGUGAGCUAGACCCCGAAGUCAUCACGCGUUUGACAGAUUUCUGGAAGAAAACAUCCAGGUCACGCAAGAAAAGACCAGUGUCGAGGAAACUGAGCCCUGCUGAAACAAUAAUUGGCUGGUCGAAGAAGACGUCCAUGGAGUUGUUUGACUCAAAUUCGGGUGCAACAGAUGUCGCUAUUUGCCAGCUUUCAGGUGCAAUCGUCUGUGCUGGCGGAAAAUCUGGCGUUGCUUGGCUCGCCGCGGCCAGUGCCCCUGCCGCCACAAGUAAAGAUUGUGUCGCAGAUACAUGUUCCAUCGUUCCGGGUAGUGCAUCCUCACCGGGCACGGUGUUUGUGACCUCAGGCGGCGACAAAAUAACUCUGUGGAAAGCCAACGAGGAGGACCUCUCAACCCUGGCGUCUGUGAAAGUCCCUGGCGCUGCAUCUGUGGCAGCUCAUCCAACGGGAAGCUAUGCAGCAAUUAUUAGCAGCAAUGCAAGCUGGGGUCUCGUGGCGUUUGGCGCUGAGAUGAGUACGCUAUGCGAGCUAAGUCGGGUGAUGCCUGAUAAUCCUAGCGAAGCUCCGUCUGCGCCACUCAAGUUCCAUCCAGAUGGCCUCAUUCUUGCAACGCCGACAACUUCAUCACAGGGGCAUAUUGUCCGUAUUUGGGAUGUCAAAGAGCAGAAGAGUGUUCACUCUUUCGAAGGACAUGCGGCACCUAUCUCGUGCGUUGCCUUCUCAGAGAAUGGCUAUUACAUGGCCUCCUCUUCUACCGAUACCACCGUCAAGAUUUGGGACCUCCGUAAACUCACCGAAUUCAAAACGAUCAAUAACUGUGAUGGGGUAACUGCCCUAGCCUUCGACCGCAGUGGCAAAUACUUGGCUCACGCCUCUGCCACACGCAUUCAAAUUAACGUGGUGAAGGAAUGGAGCACACUGAGUGAUCUUGAAGUAAAUGGACAGAUUCGUGCGCUUGACUUUGGUAUCGAUGCAGAAUUUGUCGCAGCUGCCUCUUCCAAUGGCUAUCUCGACUUUUUCGGUUCGCGCAACUAGUACUAAAGCUUGGUGUGUUCGUCUUAUACUGGCCUUGUGACCUUCAUGCUACAAUUGCUCGAUCAGACAAGCUAAGAGAGUUACCGGCGUAAGUCCUACCGUUUAGCUCUGCACGUGAAAUGCUCUUGAGCCAAGUAUUAAUGUACUGUGAAUUAAAACUGCGAGUCACAAGCUGGCCACAACAGCGUGUUCCAGCGAGAGUGCAAUGCUGCGCCAGCUCAACAUGCUGGCUGUAUAGAAGUAUCCACUUCUGCGACUCGAAAACAGCAAGGCGGGCAGAGUCAGCCAAGUCCCCGAGCUGGUGGCACAUGGCCAGAGCGGUCUCAAAAAUGGUCUUCCUACAUGGAGUUCGCUUCCGAGGAGUGAUGCGAUAGCACCAGAGGCGGCCGGCCCCACUUGUGUCCGAACGCGGGGAAUUCGGCGCUUUCCAGUUUGGGCCCGGGGCCCCGGCGCCUGAGUAAAGCCGAACCCGGGAAACACGACGCGUUCUAGUUUGGACCCCACCCGGGCCCCCGGCGCCUGAGUAAAGCCCCCAGUCGCCA